CAUUGAUUAUCUUAUUAUGUUGUAAAGUCCAAAGUCAUGGCUUCCAUAUUGCCGCGUUGUAGGCAUCUGGUGAAAUGCUUGCAAAUAAAUGGAAAUUCCAAUAAUGUUUUAUAUGCAAGAAUCUUCUCUCCCUUAGUGACAUCCAAGAGGACUGCUCAGUGGCAACCUGAUUAUGAUUUUAUAAAAGAUUUCUUGGGUCAACGAGUCCGAUAUGAACAUCUUGAAGAACCAAAUCCUGAGAAAUUGGAGCCAGAGCAGGAAAAAGUACCAACGACUGUUGUACCCAAACUUGAUUCAAUGAAGUUGAAUUUCGGACCGCAACAUCCUGCAGCUCAUGGAGUGCUCAGAUUAAUAUUGGAACUUGUUGGAGAGGUGGUGAUCAAGGCAGAUCCGCACAUAGGAUUGCUCCAUCGUGCAACAGAAAAACUAAUCGAAUACAAGACAUAUACACAGGCUUUGCCAUAUUUCGAUCGAUUAGAUUAUGUAUCCAUGAUGGUGAAUGAACAAUGCUUCAGCCUUGCUGUUGAACGUCUUCUAGGUAUAACACCACCACCCAGAGCACAAUGGAUAAGAGUCUUGUUUGCUGAAAUUACUCGAAUCCUAAAUCAUCUGAUGGGCAUAACAACUCAUGCACUUGAUAUCGGAGCAAUGACUCCAUUUUUCUGGAUGUUUGAGGAAAGAGAAAAGCUGAUGGAGUUUUAUGAGAGAGUAUCUGGUGCAAGAAUGCAUGCAGCAUAUGUUCGACCAGGAGGUGUCAGUCAAGAUCUUCCAAUUGGAUUACUUGAUGAUUUAUACGAUUGGAUGAUCAAAUUUUCAGCUCGUGUUGAUGAAAUGGAAGAGAUGUUGACUGGCAAUCGUAUAUGGAAGCAAAGAACAGUAGAUAUUGGUAUUGUCAAAUCUGAAGAUGCUUUGAAUCUUGGGUUCAGUGGUGUCAUGCUCCGUGGAUCUGGAAUUAAAUGGGAUCUUCGUAAAUCACAACCAUAUGAUGCUUAUGAUCAAGUUGAAUUCGAUGUUCCCAUCGGGUCCAAUGGGGAUACCUAUGACAGAUAUCUUUGUCGGGUUGAGGAAAUGAGACAAUCUUUACGAAUAAUGGAACAAUGUCUAAAUAAGAUGCCGCCAGGAGAUAUUAAAAUUGAUGACAACAAAAUAUCCCCACCUAGUCGUGCUCUAAUGAAACAAUCGAUGGAGGCUGUCAUUCAUCAUUUCAAGUUAUUUUCAGAAGGAUAUCAAGUCCCACCAGGUGCAACAUACACGGCGGUUGAAGCUCCGAAGGGUGAAUUUGGUGUGUAUUUGGUCUCGGAUGGAUCUAGUAAGCCAUACAGAUGUAAAAUAAAAGCCCCAGGAUUCGCCCAUUUGGCCGCAACUGAUUUUGUAUGCACUGGACUAAUGUUACCAGAUUUGGUCGCUAUUAUAGGAACUAUGGAUAUUGUGUUUGGAGAAGUUGAUCGAUAGGUUGAAAAGAGAACAAUUUGACCUAUCCAUUCUAUUUAUCAAAUUUUUUAUCUCUAGUUUGCCAUGUUGCCUCAAACGUGUGCAAAUGAGGCUGUUUCUUUCUUUUGUGAUGUAAAUAUAAAGUUCAAAAUAAAAUUGGCGAAAUGGAAAUGAA